AAACUGAAGCUUCCGGGACGUCGAUAUCUUCCAGAAGUAUUGGUAUUGCAGAGCUUCCCAUUCUAAUUAUUUGCAGAGAACCAAAGUCCAGAGAACAGGCUGAUAUCAGAGGUUAAAGGCCAUGGCAGAGGCAGAAGUGAUUCUGCUGAGAAGGCGCUACGCCGUGCGGAAGAUCUCUGAGACAGGAACGUGACAGCCGGAGGAAGAAGGAUUUCACAAGCAGCUGCACGCUCAUGGAAGUUGCACAGAACGAUCAACAAUAUCUGCUAUGAUAACAACUGAAAGCCACAGGAAGAAUAAACAUCUGGCUGCUGUCAACAUUCAAGGAUUCUCCUCUGGUGGUUCUCCUGAUCCUCCUUAUUCUGCUCCAGUCCAACCCUUCAGCCUACAAGUGGAUCUCCAUUCCAGUUGAUGAGUUAUUUAUCUCGUUGGUUUCUCUGGGACAAUGGCUACCAGCUCACCCAAAGACAAGUAUUUGGUGGUGUGGAUGAUCUUCUUCAUGCUCGGUCUGGGGACUCUGCUGCCCUGGAACUUCUUCAUGACUGCUACCAUGUACUUCCGGCAUCGUCUGAAGGGACCUUUGUCCACCGAUGUUCCAGCCAAUCAGAGCGAGUUAGCGAGUGAACAUCAAAGUGUUCUGGAGGCAAAAUUCAACAAUGUGAUGACACUCUGUGCCAUGCUGCCACUGCUUCUCUGCACCUGUCUAAACUCCUUCCUGCACUCUCUCAUUCCUCAGCGUCUGCGUAUUAUGGGAAGUCUCCUCAUCAUCCUGUUUGUCUUCAUUGUCACUGCCGUCCUUGUUAAAGUUCCUAUGGAGCCGUUGCCUUUCUUCUCAGUAACCAUGGUGAAGAUCAUCAUCAUCAACUCCUUUGGGGCGGUGCUGCAGGGCAGUCUCUUUGGGAUGGCUGGUUUGCUGCCAACCUCAUACACAACUCCCAUCAUGAGUGGUCAAGGACUUGCCGGGACCUUUGCUGCUUUCGCCAUGAUCUGCGCCAUUUCAAGUGGUUCUGAACUGGAAAGUGCAGCAUUUGGUUACUUCAUCGUAGCCUGUGUUGUUGUUUGCCUCUCCAUCCUGUCCUAUAUCCUGUUGCCAAAACUGAGUUUUUUUCAGUUUUAUCAAGAAAGAAACAGAAAAACACCAGAUGACGUGCAGAACACAGUUACGCUUAUGAACACAGACGUUAAAGAUGCCAUGGUGGAGGAGAACAAAGAUCCCAGCAUCUCCAUGAUGAAGAUUUUAAAAAAGAUUUGGGUCCUGGCAUUGUCUGUCUUCUUCACCUUCACUGUCACCAUUGGCACUUUUCCUGCCAUCACAGCUGACACGCGAUCAAUGCUUGCUGACGGCGGAUCCUGGGAGCUGUAUUUCAUCCCUGUCAGCUGCUUCUUGCUCUUUAACCUGUGUGACUGGACAGGAAGGAGCCUAACAGCUGUCUGCAUGUGGCCCGGUAAAGACAGCCUGGUCCUCCCCGUCUCCGUUGUGGCUCGAGUGGUCUUUGUUCCUCUCUUUAUGCUGUGCAACGUUCAGCCUCGCCUCCAUCUGCCUGUCUUCUUCCAACAUGACGGCUUCUUCAUCGCCUUUAUGGUUCUAUUCGCCUUCAGCAAUGGCUACCUGGCCAGUCUCUGCAUGUGCUAUGGACCAAAGAAUGUUCUUCCCCAUGAAGCGGAAACUGCAGGAGCCAUCAUGGCUUUCUUCCUGGCUCUCGGUUUGGCCUCAGGAGCUGGCAUCUCCUUUCUCUUCAGAGCAGUGGUCUAACUGGAACACCUUUCUUUUACUACUGAAUCAACUGGGACAUGUUCAUUUUGCAACUGCUCAAUGUGGACUAGAUCUUCUGUUCUACAUGAAACACAUCGUCUGUAACUAGAUUGACAGUGACUGGGGGAAUAUGUGUUGACUGAUGUAAUGUGGAAAAUUAACAAGACAAGCACUUAUUUAACACAUAUUUAGCAUGCAGACAUCUGUCCACUGGCUACACUCUUUCUUGAGGACUUAAUGUUGCUUGUGAAGACUCUAUGCAAUCUGCUGGAUUUCCUUAGAUAAGAAACUUAUUAAUGAUCUGUAUGAUUUUACUGAAUUUGACUUUGUAAUGUACCUUGCGACGAUGUGUUGUGAAUUGGUGCUAUAUAAAAAAAAUGGAAAAACAUUUCCUCCAUCCAUUCCACAAUUCACAUCAUCUGAACUGUCAUACUCAGCUUUCCAACACCCUGUCAAUGCUCUGGAGCUAGCCAAUAAAGUUGUCUGAAUCUUGGUGUGUAGAAUCCA